CGUUAAACAAUAUGUUCAUCUCAAAUUGUGAAGCCAUAUCUGUAAAAUUGAAAUAUAUUGUGUUUUUAAGUAUGGGAGUGACAGGGAAGCUAGAAGUUGAAGUUGACAUCAAAUGUCAUGGUGAUCUUUUCCAUGAGUUAUUUGGAAAAAAACCACACCAUCUCCCUAAUAUCACUCCAGAUAAAGUGCAUAUUUGUAACGCACAUGAGGGUGAUUUUGGCAAGCCCGGCUCUGUUAUUUCUUGGGAUUACACCCUUGAUGGUAAGAAAUGUGUGGCUAAGGAGAUAGUGGAAGCCAUAGAUGAAGAAAACAAGUCAGUUAGAUUCAAAAUUAUUGAAGGAGACCUUCUCAAGGAAUUUAAGUGCUUAACUAUCAGUGUUCACGUGAUUCCAAGAGGUGAAGAAACCGCAGUGAAGUGGCUGGCUGAGUUUGAAAAGAUUGCUGAUGAUGGGCCCUACCCUACCAAAAUUAUGGACUUCUGCAUCUCUAUCACCAAAGAUAUCGAGGAUCAUCAUCUUAAAGCAUGAUAUAUAUCAACCGUAAUGAUCGAUGCUCAAUUGAUAUCCAAAUCUAUCGAGUUCAAAUGUUGUGGAGUGUUUAAUAUAUUUGCAUGUUUAUUUAAUUGCUGGUCUUUGUAUUAGCAUUAAUAAUAGUAAUGAUGGUUAAAAUCGUGGAUCUACGUACUAUUAUCAUAUUGUAAUAAAUUGUUUGUUAACUAUUA